UCGGGGCCCAGAGAGCGCCGCGGCCGGCAGCCCGCCGGCCCCUGACAGCCCCCUCCCCCCGGCGGACGACGACGACGACGAGGGCGCCGGUCAUGGCGGAGCAGCGAACCGAGCGCGGGCCCUGAGCACCACCGCAUGGAGCGGGACGAACGGCCGCGUAGCGGAGGGGGAGGCGGCGGGGGCUCGGCGGGGUUCCUGGAGCCGCCCGCCGCGCUCCCUCCGCCGCCGCGCAACGGUUUUUGUCAGGACGAACUGGCAGAGCUUGACCCAAGCACUAUUUCUGUUCCAGAUGAUCGGGCUGAACAACGAACCUGUCUCAUUUGUGGGGACCGCGCCACAGGCUUGCACUAUGGAAUCAUCUCCUGUGAGGGGUGCAAAGGGUUUUUCAAGCGGAGCAUUUGCAACAAGCGGGUAUAUCGGUGCAGUCGUGACAAGAACUGUGUCAUGUCUCGGAAGCAGAGGAACAGAUGCCAGUACUGCCGCCUGCUCAAAUGCCUCCAGAUGGGGAUGAACCGGAAGGCAAUCAGAGAAGAUGGCAUGCCUGGAGGCCGGAAUAAGAGCAUUGGGCCAGUCCAGAUAUCAGAGGAAGAGAUCGAAAGGAUUAUGUCUGGGCAGGAAUUUGAGGAAGAGGCCACUCACUGGAGCAACCAUGGUGACAGCGACCACAGUUCCCCUGGGAACAGGGCUUCAGAGAGCAACCAGCCCUCACCAGGCUCCACACUGUCCUCCAGUAGGUCUGUGGAACUAAGUGGAUUCAUGGCAUUCAGGGAUCAAUACAUGGGGAUGUCUGUGCCUCCACACUAUCAAUAUAUACCGCACCUUUUUAGCUAUUCUGCCCACUCUCCACUUCUGCCCCCACAAGCUCGCAGCCUGGAUCCCCAGUCAUAUAGUCUGAUUCAUCAGCUGGUGUCAGCCGAGGACCUGGAGCCAUUGGGCACGCCCAUGUUGAUUGAAGAUGGAUAUGCUGUGACUCAAGCAGAGCUAUUUGCCCUGCUUUGCCGCCUGGCUGACGAGCUGCUUUUUAGGCAGAUUGCCUGGAUCAAGAAACUGCCUUUCUUCUGCGAGCUCUCAAUCAAGGAUUACACGUGCCUCCUGAGCUCUACGUGGCAGGAAUUAAUCCUGCUGUCCUCCCUCACUGUUUACAGCAAGCAGAUCUUCGGGGAGCUGGCUGAUGUCACCGCCAAGUACUCACCCUCUGAUGAAGAACUACAUAGAUUUAGUGAUGAAGGGAUGGAGGUGAUUGAGCGGCUCAUCUACCUGUAUCACAAGUUCCAUCAGCUAAAAGUGAGCAAUGAGGAGUAUGCUUGCAUGAAAGCAAUUAACUUCCUAAAUCAAGAUAUCAGGGGUCUGACCAGUGCCUCGCAGCUGGAACAACUGAACAAACGAUAUUGGUACAUUUGCCAGGAUUUCACUGAAUAUAAAUAUACACAUCAGCCGAACCGUUUUCCUGACCUCAUGAUGUGCUUACCUGAGAUUCGCUAUAUUGCAGGAAAGAUGGUGAAUGUACCCCUGGAGCAGCUGCCCCUCCUCUUUAAGGUGGUGCUGCAUUCCUGCAAGACAAGUGUGGGCAAGGAGUGACCUGUCCCCAGCACCCCUCCUCAGGCCAAUGGCAAGGCCUGGGGUGGGCAGGACAGGCUCCGGAAGAAAGAGCCAGAGAGACCAAGAUGGAGGCUGUGGAGCAGCCUUGCCAGUUGCCUCCAUAGCAAAAGAGUUUUUGUUUGUUUGUCUUGUUUUUUUAACCUCAUUUUUCUAUAUAUUUAUUUCACGACAGAGUUGAAUGUAUGGCCUUCAACAUGAUGCACAUGCUUUUGUGUGAAUGCAGCCGAUGCAUUUCCUUGCAGUUUACAGAAUGUGAAGAUGUUUAAUGUUACAGUGUUGUCAUUGUUUAGAGAUAGUUCUUUUGUAUUUUGAGGGAGAGGGUGGGAUGGGGCUGAGAUGACUAUUUCCAUAAUAUUGACAAAGAUGACUACCUCAUUGGAAAGGGAGGGGUGUGACCAACCCUACUUUUUCCACAUGUUCUCAGCAGAUUCAUACAUUUGUCUGUCAGAGAGCAAACUGCCUUUUUCUAGCUACAGAAUUACCAGGUAAGAGAGCACACCAUAAAAGGGAAAGUGGUAUUAGGAGGUUUACUAAGCAAAGUGGAUGAGACAUUGGGAACAGGACCAGAGAUGGGGAUUUAGCUAUCUCUUUUCUUUGGUAAAGCAUGAAAGCUGAGAGUUGGGCACAGUGACCAAAUCUAAGUUAGGUGUCCUCCCUCCAGACGAGUCCUCAGGGAGAAGGGUUUCUUCUCUCACACCACACUGUGGGGCCUCCCCUCCCCACCAUCCAUACGACCACUACUAAUUUCUGCCACUGUCACCUUUUCACCUAGGCAAAGCCCUAGCGGUCAGCUAAUCCUUGGGAUUUGCCUACCAUCUCCCUUGGGGCUCACAGCUACCUAGUUUCCUUACUUUCUUUAGACUCAUUGCCUCUCCCUUAUAAACUUGACUUCCUAUUGGCCCUUUGAAAAGAACAGGUGAGUUCAGAAUGUCAUGUCCAGAAUCCUGAUGCCCACUACUGAUUUACUCUCCUUUCACCUUCAAAGAGUAGUGGGACAAAGGCCAGACUGCUAAUAGCAUAAACACUCCUCUUUUGGAGUUCCCUGUUUCUCUCCCCAUCCCAUCCCAUUCCACCUCCAGAUCUGAAUCUGAAACUGCAGUCUCUUUUCCAAACAGCUGGAAGGAUCAUUCACCCAUCUGCUGACCAGAAUUUUUGUCCCUACAUUCUACUCCAUGCUCUCCUAAUCUCUCCCAAAAUGAAACCAGGUUUCUUCAGAAUAGUAAGACCAAGAUCCAGAGUGGCCCAGCUGCCCCUUAGAGUUAUCAGUGGCCUGACUGACCAGGGUCUGGAGGGCUGGAGUCCAAAGCUUCUGGAAGGGAAGGGGGGCUUUAAACUACCUCAUGUUCCUAAAGGCCUGGCUGCCCCCUCUGCAGGUAUGGCCUGGACCCCUUGUUCUUUCACUACCUGCCCCACCUAGUCCUGGGAAAUGUUCCUUACCCUCUUGGCUUUGGCCAGCAGUCACACAAGGUCUGUCAUGGAACUCUUUCAGGUGCUUUUCCCUUCUCUGCCUUACUACAGCAGUUGUCCCUGCCUAAACCCACGUACCUCCCACAGCCAAUGCAGCAGACAGGCCAGUUAGCUGGAUACAUCCCUGGCUAGGCUUGAGGGGCCUACAGGACCUCCUUUUGCCUGUUUAGUCAAAGGCUGUUUGCUCUCUUCCCCGCUCAGCCUAGCACACUUACUCAGAGGGCCACCACAUUGUGUGCAUAUCGGGUAGUCCGUGUCGGAUUGUAAUUUUUUCUUUCCGGUGAAAUGUUACGGGUACCAGCAGAGUGAUAACUUUAUCCCUUGAUGGAUCUAAAACUCAGAGCAUUACUUCCCAGUGCCGUUUCCCCAUUUGCUCUGAGAAAGGAAAAGAAAAAGAAGAGACGUGGUCCUCAGGAAAAGCGCCAACCAGAAUGUUUUUCACAUGUCAAUGGGAAGAUUUGUGUGUGUGUAUUUGUUUAUUUCUAAAUUCACAAUAGUUUUGUUUUUCUGCUCUUUUAUUUAACCAACUAGAUCACACUCUGGCUACAGGUCAGACUCCGAGCCGCUUUCCUCAAGGUAGGGGAAGAUACACAUAUCAGAGACCCCUUCUCCAGGAUGGCUCUUAUGUGCUGCAUCUUUCUUUGCUAGAUUUCCAUCGGCCAAAUUAUUAUUAUUUUUUGAAAUUGCUUUUCUCUUAAAUUAAGCGUUUUACUGGUUGGGUUGGGAGUCAGAGGGAACUGCUCUCCAUGAGGCAGCAACGUGUCUCUUUGAUAAUGCAGCAUUAAACAGAGCAAGUUGUUAAUUUGUGGAGUGGGGGAAAGGUUCUGCAAGUUGCCAUUGUACAAAUCCAUUUUUACAAAUGUUUGCAGCAGAUUCCACAAGAACAAAGAGCCCAUUCAUUGCUGAGAGCCCUGCAGAAUCUCUGAGCCAAGUGGCCUUGUGUUCCGAGCUGGAGCCUGACCUGUGGACCACCUUUAAUGUCUUCUGCACCCAGUCCUUUUAUGACGUGGGCUUUUUUUAAACAGGGUAAAGUGACUGUGUUGCGUCGCAAACUCAGGUAUUAUGAGAGGAAGGUAGGAGUGUAGCUAGCAGUGUGGAGACAUUAGGUCAGCCACUAGAUGUAUUUGUGAAUUCAGUUUGAAGGACACAGAGAAAGGUUGGAGGGGGAGGUUUGAUGUGUUUAUGUUUUGCCUUUCUUCCCAUGAUGUUUGGUUAACAGGUAGCCUUUUUGCUAGUGGAAAAGAAAAAAGUUGUGCAUGUUGUCUGUAAUUCCCCUCCCUUCUGUCCUCUCUCUGAUCCCCUGCCACCAGCAGCACUCACUUUGAGUGAGAAUUUUUCCACCAUAAAAAUAUGACCCUGAAGGCUGUGUGGUAAAGGAGAAUCCCACCUCAUUGCACUGCGUUUAAACGUACAAGCUAUUCCCUUCCUUUCCCUUUGAAUGUUUUCUUGACCGAAGACAGAAGUUUGGAAUCUUGGAACUUCACCUACAACUCAUGCUCUGUGGCUCCUUUGUAGACUUUUGGAGUCUUUCACAAGGCUUGGUGGUCUUACCCUCGGUCUGGAGAAACUCCCCAGAACCUGUCUCAAAGCACUCCAUCUGGCUCAGAGGAUACCCAGCCCCCCAGCCAGGCCUGAUCCGUAAGUGAGGUGGGCAAACCUCCAGGGACAGAAAGCAGCAGGCAAGAACCUCUGUCCUAUUCCCCAGAUCCAGAGGAGGAGGGAUAGAGGGAACUGAGGGGUCUCCAUGGCAUCAUCACAGUCACCCUCUCCACAGCACCGUGCCUCUCACCUGCCACCCCCUAUCAGGGAAGAGAGUCCUGCCAUGGCCAGUGUGUCACCAGGUCCUUAAAGCCCUGGGCUCUCUGAGCUAGCUGCCUUGCUCUGCUGCCCAUAUCCUACCUUUGUUUGUUCUCAAUUUAUUGGGGAAUGGGACAGACAGAGACAGACAGACAAACCCAGUAUGGGCAACAUGUAGGCCAUGUCCAAGGUUGGCCAAAGUAAAGGGACUCUGGCCACCCAGCAGGGCAGGAAGUUGAGCAGUGGUUCCAAGUCUUUAGCUCUGGGCCCCUGGUCUAUGUCUUUUUUUCCUUGUUGCUUUUUAAAAUUUUGCAAUUGUUUUAAGAAAUCCAGUCUUUUAGACCAGCCCUUUUAUUAAACUUUAAAUUUUUCUUUGAUUUUUUUAAAGUAAAAAAAAAAAAUUAAAAAAAAAAAACUAAACAAAAACCCCACCAC